GUCUGAAAGAGACGUUUAGGAGGAAAGCUCACCAACAAAACUAUUAGCGCAGAUACGAACAUGGCGCCGGCCUCCACCAGCAACUUCAGAUGAAAGUGCGGCGAAGAAGUGGCUAGCAAAGUUUCAAAGGAGUAUUGCGGAGUGGCUUUUUGUUUUCUUUUGCGCGCCGCCCUGGUUUAAGCCGUUCCGGUUUGCACAGUUAAAAACACGGAAUAUAACAAGCGGGUAUAAACAGCAAGUUUGCCUACAUGUCAACAUUGUCUCUCGCUGCAGUGUAAACAGCUGGUGCACCCAGCCAUGAUCGAGGACAAGGGUCACCGUGUGACCGACUACUUUGUGGUGGCCGGGCUGACAGACAAGUCCACGCCCUUGGAGCAGGAUCUGUCAGAGACCAAGUACAGCGGACCCAAAGCGCCCAUCACAGACUUGGCCGUCAUUAACAAGUCGGCGGGAGAGACGGUGCCCGAGGGCUUCACUUGUAUCGACCUCACCCAAAGCGGCCAGCCCGCCAACCUAAAUCAUGGCAGUCUUAAGAGCCCUGAGUUGUUCCUGUGCUACAAGAGGGGUCGAGGGAAGCCUCCCCUCAUUGACAUCGGGGUCCUGUAUGAGGGUAAGGAGCGCCUGAUCCAGGGCUGCGAGAUCAUCCAGGCCACACCGUACGGCCGCUGCGCCAACGUCAACAACAGCUCGGCCACCUCGCAGCGCAUCUUCAUCACCUUCCGCCGAGCGCCACCCGUCCAGCCUCAGAAUUCCCUGGCGGUGACAGACAUUUGUGUCAUUGUCACCAGCAAGGGUGAGACGCCACCACAUACCUUUUGCAAAGUGGACAAGAACCUCAACUGUGGCAUGUGGGGCUCCAGUGUGUUCUUGUGUUAUAAGAAAUCAGUGUCUGCGUCCAAUUCCAUCAGUUACAAAGCUGGUCUCAUCUUUCGUUACCCAGAAGAGGACUAUGAGUCUUUUCCUCUAUCCGAAUCGGUCCCUCUGUUUUGUUUGCCUAUGGGUGCCAAGAUCGAGUGUUGGGCACCAAACACACGUGAUCCUCUGCCUGUCUUCUCCACGUUUGUCUUAACCAUCUCAAGUGGUGAAAAGGUGUAUGGAUCAGCCAUCCAAUUCUAUGAGCCAUAUUCAGUGGAUUUGUUGAGCGAGAAGCAGAAGAUCCAGCUGGGCCUGCUGACCACGGUGGAGAAGAAGAUGAUCACCAAUCGGCCUGUGAACACCAACAAAUGCAUCUGUCUGCUCUCACGCUGGCCCUUCUUCGCGUCCUUCCGCAAGUUCCUGAUGUUCAUCUACAAACUAUCUGUCUCAGGCCCACACCCACUGCCUAUUGAGAAGCACAUCUCACACUUCAUGCACAACGUGUCAUUUCCUUCCCCUCAAAGGCCCAGAAUCUUGGUCCAGCUCUCGGCACAUGACACCUUAAUCCUCUCCCAGCCUGUGUGCACACCUUUACCCCUCAGUGGGGCAGACUACGGCACUCUGCUGAUGAAUCUGGGCUCAGAGAACUGCGCCACACUGCUGCACUUUGUUCUCCUGGAGAGCAAGAUCCUGCUGCACUCGCUCCGGCCCGCUGUGCUGACUGGAGUGGCCGAGGCCGUGGUGGCUAUGAUCUUCCCCUUCCAGUGGCAGUGUCCAUACAUCCCCCUGUGCCCACUCUCUCUAGCAGGCGUCCUCAAUGCUCCUUGUCCAUUCAUAGUCGGUGUGGACUCCCGCUACUUUGACCUUUACGACCCCCCGCCAGAUGUCGUCUGUGUGGAUCUGGAUACCAACACUAUCUACCUGUCUGACGACAAGAGACACAACAACUGGAAGAACCUCCCAAAAAAGCCCUGCAAGAGCCUCAUCAGCUCACUGAGCAACUUGCACCACCAGCUGGGCACUGUUUCAAUGCGUCAAACAGCACAGGAGGGCUCAGCAGUGGACAUGACCCCCAUCGAAGCAGACUUCACCUGGCACAAGAAGAAGACGGCCCUGGAGAUGGAAAUCCAGGAGGCCUUUCUACGCUUCAUGGCCUCCAUCCUGAAGGGCUACCGCUCCUACCUCAAACCCAUCACACAGGCGCCUUCGGAAAAGACCACAGCUGCAGACUCUCUUUAUGACCUACAAGGGUUUCUCAAAAGCAGAGACCGUGCCCACCAGAAGUUCUACUCCCAGCUCACCAAGACGCAGAUAUUCAUCCGCUUCAUCGAGGAGUGCACCUUUGUCAGCGACAAGGACACCGGUUUGGCCUUUUUUGACGAUUGUGUGGAGAAGCUUUUUCCCUCUGAUAAAAUCUCCGACAAGGGCACAAAGGUUGAAGGAGAAUCAUCCGAGGACACAAGACUUCUGGAGCUGGAUGAGUCUCAGAAGAGUGAGCACACAGUGUUUGUAAUGCCCCCUGAACCUCCAGCCGACGAUGGACCUGAGCCCGCUACUCGAUACACCUAUAAAGGUUUCCCCAGAUUGCAGAUAGAGCUGUUCGACCGUCCAAGAGUGUUACGACCAGCACUUAGCAGCAGAGCAGCAGGGGCCAGUUUGUCCAGCAGCCCUGCAUUACUGGCAAAGAGGACAAAGCAGGAGAUCAAGCUCGCCUACAAAAUGGCAAAGCGUUUCUACUCCAACCCUCCGCUGUGGGCCCGCUGUCUGUUCAGCCACUGCUACAGCCUGUGGUUCAUCUGCCUGCCAGCAGGCGUGCGACUGGCCAAGUCUAAGAGCCGUGCCAUGCAGCAGGCGUACAACGUCCUGCUGAAGAUGAGGACCACUGAGGUGGAGGUGCUGGAUGAGGUGUGUUACAGAGUGGUAAUGCAGCUCUGUGGUGUGUGGGGUCUUCCUGUUAUGGCCGUGCGAGUCCUGGUUGAGAUGAAGAAAGCUGGAGUACAUCCCAACGCCAUCACAUAUGGAUAUUACAACAAGGCUGUCUUAGAGAGCCCAUGGCCAAGCCGAAACCGCAGCGGCCUCUUUAUGUGGACCAAGCUUCGUAAUGUGCUUCGAGGUGUGGCCCAGUUCAAGCACGCUGUGGACCGAACAACUUCCACGAAGGGACCCACCCCCACAGCUGCGUCAAUAGGAGGAUCGGCAGUCACUGAUGCUGACCGUCUGAGUCAUGGAAGUGCUGACAGCUCCAACGAGGUUAACGGUGAAGAGCAUAACCUGUUUGCCCACGGCCACGGGAUGGAAGACACAACAGACAACCACUGUAGUACAGGAAGGCAAUCUGAUCAAGGCUACGGCUCCAAGGAUGAGUUGCACCAGGAGCUGGCAGAGCCUUCACACACAGCUGUCCUUUCCACUGAAGAGAGGAACAAUACCAAAGCACAGCGUAAUGGAGGCGACAUUGCUGGCUCAGUGGACAGUGCAGUAGCAGUAGCAGAACCCCCCAGUCCUGUUGAUGUGCCCUCACCUGUCCCGAGUAUUGUGAAGCUGUCCACAGGGAGCUUUGAUGGUGAAACAGGUCCAGGGAAGCUGUUCAGGAGACACAGCAAGAACGAUAAUGUGUCUCUCCCUGAUGAUGAUGCCUCUCUGGCAUCAGGGGAUGUAGCCAACCAGCCUCAGCAGCAGCGGCAGAAAUCCUUUUCUGAGCGCAGCUGUAGCUUCAGUGCUGAGACUCGUGCUGGAAUGCUCCUAGAGAAAGGCGUGGACCACAUGGCCAGCCAGAUGGGCGCCGAUGCUCGUAUCCUGACUGCAGCGCUCUCUGCUGGCCAAAGUCCACCCCCCAGCAGUGUGUCCAAAGCACUAUUUAAAGAUCUGGAGGAAGAGCCCGAAGAUGAUCAGGGCUUGAUACUUGGGAAGCUGCCAGUGGAAGAGGUGCCAGCAGCACCAGAAAAAGGGAAAGGAGAUGAUAAAGAUGAGGAGGGGACUGAGGUGACAAGUGAAACACAAGAGGGGAAGGAAACUGAAGCACAUGAGGAUGAGUCCGGGGGGCGAGGAGCAACUUUGGAGAGGGCAGAUGUGGAGGUGGGUGCUGACCCGCUUUCCCUCCUGGUGUCAGAGACCGAAGAGUCAGCCUCUGUUACCAGCCAGGAGCCACCACGCCCAAUGCCUGCUGUGGUGUCCCGCAACCUGGCCGAGGAGAUCGAGAUGUACAUGAGCCUGCGCAGCCCUCUAGGGGUCAAGUCCUCCAGCAUGGAGCUCCAGCAGUCCCAGGUAGACUCCACUGACACCCCACAGUCCAAACAGACUAUGGAGCGCAGGUCUAGCCUUCCUGUGCCUCCCGUCAAAACUCCAACUGACUCUCCGGGCGACACCCCCAAACGGAGCCCCAGCACCGUGACUCGCUCCAAGACAUUUGCUGCAAAGUCAAAGCCCCCGGCCAGCACUACGGCUAGCCCAGGUGCUAGGUCGUCCUCGCUGACGGCGCUGGUCAAGUCCUCACAGGGAGGGUCUCUGGGCUCAGUCAUAAACUCCAUAUCAGGCAUCAAGAUGGACACGCUGUUGUCAGGACCUAAAAUUGAUGUGCUGAAGUCUGGCAUGAAGCAGGCGGCAAAUGUAGCCAGCAAAGUGUGGGGGGCAGUGGCAUCAGCUUACUCCUACUCAGAUGAUGAGGAUGAACAAGCUCAGGGUGCCGGUGGCUUCCCAGCACGUCUGGAUGAACACAUGUUGGCUGCACAUGACAUAGAUGAGAGUCCUGAAAGAGGGGCCAUCCCGGGUUUGGUGGCCAAUGGCUUGAACCAGAGCUGCACCAGCCUGGGCAGCAGCAGUGGCAGCAGUGACACAGGCCGAGGGACCCACCAGACACAUCCAACCCCAGGACGAGCAGGCAGGGGUCCCGACUCUGAGCAGGGCUCCUCACAUCACGCUUCGUCCUCCAGCAUCUACCAAAGCUGUGCAUUGGAGGUGCUGAUGUCGAGUUGCUCGCAGUGCCGCUCCUGUGAAGCUCUCGUGUAUGAUGAGGAGAUCAUGGCGGGCUGGACGGCUGACGACUCCAACCUAAAUACCAACUGUCCUUUCUGUCGCACAGCCUUCCUUCCCUUUAUGCACAUCGAGUUUCAUGACUUUCGCACAAUGAGCGGGUUCUAUGUGAAUCCCAGUGCCUCAGGAGACAGCAUCCACAGCACCAGUAACCAGCCCACAGCCAGCAGUUCAGCCGACAUUAAGACACCAGACCUUAUCACGUUCCCUGAAGAAGAACCCAGGGAGACUCCAGAUAAUCGUCCUGGAACACAUAAGAGUCUGAUUCCAGAGCCGGUGCAGUCAGACCCUCUGGGUCUACUGGAGCACCACGCGGCGGGGAAGCAGCAGAGAUGCACUGGGACGUCACUGACACGCAGCAACAGCGUGGGAGGUCCACUGCAGAGCCUGGACUACUUACAGAGACCUGGACAUGGUGUCUCCACAACCAGCCUGCCCUGCAGCCUGCAAGAGGUUUCGGAUGGGAUGGGGACCAAACGGCCAAACCCCAAGCCUGUGUCUGUCCCUUACCUCAGCCCCUUGGUGCUGCGCAAGGAGCUGGAGACCCUGUUGGAGAAUGAGGGGGAUCAGGUGAUCUACACCCACAAGUUCCUCAACCAGCACCCCAUCAUCUUCUGGAACCUGGUGUGGUAUUUCCGUCGCUUGGACCUGCCCACUCACUUACCUGGUCUCAUUCUCACCUCUGAACACUGCAACAACGGAGUACAGCUGCCCCUGACAUCACUGUCCCAGGACAGUAAGCAGGUAUAUGUCCAGCUCCUGUGGGACAACAUCAACCUACACCAGGAACCUGGAGAUCCCCUCUACCUGCUGUGGAGGACCUUGUUGGAGAAGAAGGGGACAUUGGCUCCAACAGACCACCAGGAGAUUCGUAUCCUCCUCAACACAAUCGUUCGCAACAUCCAGACCAACGACGUCUAUGGACCAAUCAACCUGUUGAUCCGAGAGAUCAAGAGGCGCCCGGAGGGGGUCAAACGACAGAGGAGUAUCUAUAGAGAAAUACUGUUUCUUUCACUGGUGGCCUUGGGACGCGAGAACAUUGACGUAGAGGCCUUCGACAGAGAGUACCGCCUGGCUUAUGACGAACUGAGCGCCGAGCAGCUCAAGUCUGUGCACCACAUCGAUCGACCGCCCACCCCCAGCGUCCAGUGGUGCCUCAAAUGCUUCGGAACCCCUUUCAUCUGAUCACCAACGCCUGCGGCGAAGAUACAAAAUCUGACUGCUCACGUGUAACAGCAGGAGGGAAGGAUCGGUUGGUGGCCCUGGAGUGUGAGCAAAAAAAAAAAAAGAAA